AUGGCUGCCAAUAUUUCCUCGUCUCCUGCCCUGAACUUUGAGUUGCUGGCUCGCUGCUCGGUAGAGCAAUACACUGAUAUCCGCCAACAGACAACCCGGGCUCGAGCCUCUAAUAUGACACUGCCCCAUGGCCCUGUUCAGCUCCCCAUGUUUAUGCCGGUAGCUACACAGGCCUCACUUAAAGGCAUUACCCCCCAACAGUUGGAAGAUACUGGGUGUAGACUAUGUCUAAACAACACAUACCACUUGGGACUGAAACCCGGUCAAGAGGUCCUUGAUGCUAUCGGUGGAGCACACAAGUUCCAGGGCUGGAAUCAUAACAUUUUAACAGACAGCGGAGGUUUCCAGAUGGUUAGUUUGCUGAAGUUGGCCAAGAUAACCGAGGAAGGUGUACGGUUUUUGAGCCCUCACGAUGGCUCUCCCAUGCUUCUCACGCCAGAACACUCAAUAUCCCUGCAAAACAGCAUAGGGAGCGAUAUAAUUAUGCAACUCGACGAUGUGUUAGUUACCACUUCUCCAGAUAAGGCUCGCAUGCGCGAGGCAAUGGAACGUAGUGUUCGUUGGUUGGAUAGAUGCAUAGCAGCGCACAAGAAACCCGACAAACAGAAUUUAUUUUGCAUCAUACAAGGCGGUCUGGAUCUAGAGAUGCGAAAAGAGUGCUGUAAGGAGAUGUUGGCUCGAAAUACGCCGGGUAUUGCCAUCGGAGGGUUGAGCGGCGGAGAGGCAAAGGCUGAUUAUUGUCGUGUCGUCGAGACAUGUACUGCUCUAUUGCCGGACUUGAAACCCAGAUAUGUCAUGGGAAUUGGAUACCCCGAGGAUUUGGUUGUCAGCGUGGCUCUUGGAGCUGACAUGUUUGACUGUGUUUGGCCAACUCGAACAGCCCGAUUUGGAAACGCCGUCACAAAGCAUGGCGUCUUGAACAUUCGCAAUGCAAAGUAUGCGAAUGACUUUGGACCGAUAGAGCCUGAUUGCGAAUGCAUGUGCUGCAGACAGGGCGAAGGGGGGAUGGGUAUAACCAGGGCAUAUGUGCACCACAAUACGUCCAAAGAGACCGUCUCAGCGCAUCUUCUGACUAUCCACAAUGUUUGGUAUCAGUUAAAUUUGAUGAGGGAAGUGCGACAAGCUAUUAUUGAGGACAGGUUUCCAGCAUACAUUCGGCAGUUUUUUGCGAAUCUGUACGAUAGCAAGACAGACUAUCCGGAAUGGGCAGUGGAAGCACUGAAACGAGUGAAUGUGGAUUUGACAGCAGACAGUUAA